AUGUGGACGGUGUACGCACGCUUGGCAAAGGGUAAACAUUCGUGAGUCUCCGUGCUCAGGGGGAGGGACGGAGAGACCUGUCAGAGAGGGAGAGAGAGAGAGAGGGAAAGAGAGAGAGAGAGAGAGAGAGAGAGAGAAAGAGAGAGAGAAGGGGUGAGGGAGCCAGCGAAUGAGAGAGACAGCUUGCGGACCUUCGCCGUGCGUUGCAAUACAGGACUGUACUUCAGCUUGAGUUAGCGGCUUUGCAGGUUUAAACACAUCAAAACGGAACAAAGAGAAAUAGACCACGGCAGAAUAAAGGAAACAGCUAAAGAAAAAAACGGAAAAGCACCAGGGGGAAUCUCAGAUACUAAUUUACAAACAAGCGUAUGAUUCUUUAGCGAUAUUAUUUUUUCUUCACUUAAGCAGGAACUUUUUGAAAAGGAUUUCAUCUUAGGGGAAGGUGCAAACUGCGACGCUAUUCUAACUUUGCAGGAAAAAACUUUUUAAUCCUUUUAAUUUUUUUUUAUUUUUAAAAGAAACUUUCCUCGAGGACUGUACAGGGUUUCAAAGGGCUUCUAUUUGUUGACGUUAAGAACGUGGAUUUAAACGGAAAAAAUAAUAAUAUUGAUAUUACAUGAAUAUUGUAAAUACAGCAGUCACGGAUUUGGCGGAUUUUUUAAAAAGCAUUUUCUUCUUUUUUGAUGUUUUAAUUUCAAAAGUGCAUGGUAUAAUAUAGAUACUACCCUGACCUUUUAAGUUUGAAUAAUUCAUGGAAUAGAAUUUGCCUACUUGAACAAAAAAAAAGUUUAAAAGCGGGAGGGGGUUUGACCAGCAGAUAUAUUCAUAAGGGUUAACGGAAUGGCCACCGCGGCUUCCAACCCAUAUCUGGCCAGCAAUAGCAUUCUCUCGUCAGGCUCAGUCGUGCAUUCCGACUCCGGAGGCGGUGGCAUGCAGUCUGGGAGCGUCGCUGUUACCUCGGUGUCUGGCGGCUACAGAGGAGAUCCUACGGUAAAGAUGGUACAGAGCAACUUCAUGCAAGGAGCCAUGGCGGCGAGCAACGGGGGCCAUAUGUUGAGCCAUGCCCACCAGUGGGUCACGUCGUUGCCUCAUGCCGCUGCUGCCGCCGCUGCAGCGGCUGUGGCGGCUGCAGAAGCCGGGUCGCCUUGGUCCUCAAGCCCAGUCGGAAUGACAGGCAGCCCGCAACAACAGGACGUCAAAAACAAUUCGGGCAGAGACGAUCUCCACGCUGGCACGGCGUUGCAUCACAGACCACCGCAUCUGGGUCCCCACCAGACUCACCCCGGGGCUUGGGGUGGCACCACCGCGGCUCACAUCCCCUCGAUAGGAGCCGGGCAGCAGCAGCAGUCCUUAAUAUACUCUCAGCCCGGUGGAUUCACCGUGAACGGGAUGCUCAGCCCGCCAGGAAGCCAAAGUUUGGUGCACCCGGGUUUGGUGCGUGGAGACACCCCAGAGCUCGACCACAGCGCUCACCACCACCACCAUCACCACCAGCAUCAGCACCACCAGCAGCAGCAGCACCACGGUGGAGUAAACAGCCACGACCCGCACUCAGACGAGGACACGCCGACCUCGGACGAUCUGGAGCAAUUUGCCAAGCAGUUUAAACAGCGCCGCAUCAAGCUGGGUUUCACGCAAGCCGACGUCGGCUUGGCUUUAGGGACUCUGUAUGGAAACGUCUUCUCCCAGACCACGAUCUGCAGGUUUGAGGCGCUGCAGCUCAGCUUCAAGAACAUGUGUAAGCUAAAACCUCUGCUAAACAAAUGGCUGGAGGAGGCCGAUUCAUCCACCGGGAGCCCCACGAGCAUCGAUAAAAUCGCCGCGCAGGGCAGGAAGCGAAAGAAGCGAACUUCCAUCGAAGUGAGUGUAAAAGGUGCGUUGGAGAGUCACUUCCUUAAAUGCCCCAAGCCUUCGGCCCAAGAAAUCACCAGCCUGGCGGACAGCUUGCAGCUUGAAAAGGAAGUGGUCAGGGUUUGGUUUUGCAAUCGGAGGCAGAAAGAGAAAAGGAUGACGCCGCCUGGAGUGCCACAGACGCCGGAGGAUGUGUACUCUCAGGUCGGCAAUGGACAUUUGUUAGUAGAUUACUUAAAAGACGCCAGUAUAUCUGGGCCGAGCGAACCGAACGACCCGAGGGUGACAACUACAAGUUCGUACCAUCAGGUAAUUUUGGCGCACUAACAACAUCACCACGAAAACAAAAACCAACUGUAGAAAAAAAACCCAACACUUCUAUAUUUAUCUUUCUCCUUUUUCUCUUGCAUUUAAUUUGUAUGACACCAAAAGCGAGCGUUUACGCAUUUAACAAUAAGAGACUAUGGCACGCCUUGCAAAGAAAUCAGUAAAUACAACACAAAGAAGAUUGGGACGCAGGACGCUUUGAACACAACUUACAAAGAAGACUGCAUGGUUUAAUAUUUUUUAAAAAAAGGAAUUGUCGUUCUUAGCCCCCUCCCCAAAAAGGCAAACCACGUUGUUUUUGCCCUUUUCUCUGAUCUCAAAGAUCGCAUCUUUUGAAAAAAAAAAAAAAUCUUUAAUUUUGUUGACCGACACAUAAAUGGAUUUUUUUAAAAAAAAAAAAAAAAAAAAAAAACGAAAUGGGAAAAGAAAUACUGAAAGACCGACUGUCUUGAGCUGCACUUAUUUGAAAAUUUCC